AUGUCUUUGAAGCAAGAAAUUGAGACGUGGGUGCAGGCACUCGCGCACUACGAUAAUAAUGAAUUCGAUGCGGCAUUGAAGGUGUUUGACGGCAUUGCCGAUACAUCUAGAAUAUUGUUUAAUUGCGGAGUUAUCCAUGCGACCUUGGGCGAGCAUGAGAAGGCGGUGGAAUGCUAUCAGCGUGCCAUCACCUGCGACAACUACUUGGCUAUUGCCUAUUUCCAGGAAGGCGUCUCAAACUUUCUCUUGGGUGAUUUCGAAGAAGCCCUGGCCAAUUUCAAUGAUACAUUGUUAUAUCUGCGAGGAAACACCUCAAUUGACUAUGAACAGUUGGGCUUGAAGUUCCGCUUAUACUCAUGCGAGGUGCUCUUCAAUCGUGGUCUAUGUUACAUCUACCUCCAACAAAUCGAGCCUGGCAUGCAAGAUCUGCAGUAUGCAAAACAAGAAAAGGUCACAGCUGAUCACGAUGUGAUUGACGAGGCCAUUCGGGAACAGGCAGAUGGCUACACGGUCUUCUCAAUCCCCGUCGGUGUUAUCUACCGACCCAACGAGGCCAAGGUAAAGAACCUCAAGACCAAAGAUUACCUUGGCAAAGCUAGACUCGUCGCCGCAUCUGACCGAAACAAUGCCUUCACCGGAUUCCAAGGGUCUGAACAGAAGAAAGCGCUGGCUGCCGAAGCCAUCGCUAAGGAUGACCGCCCAGCCGAAAACAUUUCCUUUGGGGCAACAAACCUCGUGCACAAGGGUCUUAGCAGUCGUAGUCGGCAGCAGAAGUCAGAAAAGGGGAACUCUGGCGGUAACAAUAAUGGCGGUCUAACACAGCGUGCUGCAUCUGUCCGAGCUGGGCCUCCGCCUCGCCUGAACCUAGAACGACCAGGGGCUGCAGGAAGCAAUGGUCAGACUGGGGGAGACAUGCCAUCGAUGGGUAAAACACGAGUUGGCACAAGCAGGACGGCCUCUGAACCACGAGGACCACCUUCUCGACAGUAUUCGGGUUCAUCUGGACGGCCCCGGUUAUAUGGGGAGACGACUGGUAACGGAUAUGGCCGUAUUACAGAAGACGGCCUUGCCGAAGAAGUUUACGAAAUGUACAUCAGUCCUCGGUCGACGGGCACGAAUCGAAGUCGGGCACCAAAAUACAUCGACGAGGAAAAUGAAUACACCAGUGAAUACGAAGAUGACACAAUCGUGGAGGGCGAAUUUGAAAUGAUGGCGGCUCCAGCAGCAGAACCAGAAACAAAGACAGCGAGAUCAUCUAUAUCACAGCGCAGCGCUCCCCGCCGCGGCUCGUCACGAAAACCUGAAAUCCGCAAAUUCCGAGUCAAAGUGCAUGCUAAAGAAGAGACAAGAUACAUCAUGAUCAGUGCGAGUAUUGAUUUUGGUGAACUCGAGGGUAAAAUUAGAGAUAAAUUCAGGAUUCCUGGGUUACUCCGAAUCCGGAUGCGUGAUGAUGGCGAUAUGAUUACGAUGGGGGAUCAAGAUGAUCUCGACCUGCUGCUGAGUGUGGCCAAGGACGAGGCGAGAAGGGAGAAUCAGGAGAUGGGGAAGAUGGAGAUUUGGGUUGAAGAAAAGAAAUAA